AUGUUAGGAGAAUUCUCUCUAGAGGAGCGCAAUGAACAAAUACCUUCUUCCAGAGACCCAGGCGAGGAUUACAACCCCAAGGGUUCAAUCAAGGAGCACGAAUACAAUGAGGUCGAAUUUCCCCAAGUUUUCGUAACCUACGCACCAACAGUUAUCGAAAAAGGACUCAGUGAUCCUGCUAUAACCAACCAACUAUUCCCUGUCACAGCGCUAUCUGAGCUAGACAAGGAGAGUUUUAUCAGGGCGUGGUUUUCCUUCUUCGAUAAAAUUUGCUUUUUCGAAGGGCUCAAAAAGGUUCGCUACGAUAUACUCUAUCGACCGCGCCAGAACAUGGAGAAGGCAGAACCCUAUUGUACUCAGCAGGAAAUCUACAUUAAUACAGAUAAUCAGUUGAAUGAACGUGAAAUUGCCAUUCAUCGAAACUGGGAUAAUUGGGCAGUUUCCGCUCUUCUCCAUGAGUAAGUAAGCCUUCAAAUGUCAAGUCGGAAGAGCAUUUUCUCUUCGGCCUUUCUUGUUUAUAUUUCAUCCAUCAAGUUACAUGCUGAUAUCCUAAGGAUGCUUCACGCCUUCAUUAUGCAUUACGGAGCUCCAGGUUUUCUCUCAGCCCAUCGCGGUGGGACAGGACAGUUUGGACACGGAAAACCAUUUCUCAAUUCCCUACGUGUACUUAGCGAUGAACUUCGAGAGGCGGUCAAGAAGCGAGCUCUUGAUGACCAGUUUAGGGUCGAAGCCGAGCUUGGUCGAGAAGCACUUCUAAGUACAGUCGUUGAACAUUGGCGCCCGAUUUCUGAAGACGACAAGAGAGAAGUUCUAAGUUGGGGAGUUUCGGAGGAGGUAGCCGACAAAUUGCUCAAAGACUGGUCCAACAGGGAAAGUGUUCCAGAUGAUUUACGCGAGUUGUUGGAGGAUUAUUCAUCGGCAUCCUCUUCAACAACACGUUCUGUACCCAACGAGGGAUAG